AUGAUCAUCCUGACCAUCAUGAAGCAGACUGCGUGGCUGCUCACGGCCCUGGUAAUACCGACCAGUAUCCAAGCCUAUUGUGUAGCAGACGAUUGUUACCGCGCAUUGUUUCCAUGCGAAACCCCACAAGCCAUUGCUGACGCAGUGGCUCUUUGUGCGACCUUGAGCGACCGUUACGUCUACGCCUCCGAGUUUCCGGCCCGUGCUACUGGAUCGUGUGGAGGCAUCAACAAGGCCCAGUAUCUGUCGGCCUGCGCUUGUGGACCGACAUGUACUCCGUCUUCGACAGCGACCACAACUGUAACCAGCUCAUCCUCAAGCACUACUGCGCAGACAAUCGAGCGCACUUUGCCAAACGACCUGGGGUCUGGGGUCAGUAGAACUGCAAUUACUUCCGCCAUGACGAACGCCGUGUCCGUAAUCGUUGAUCCAACGCUGAGGUUCACCUCAACCGAAACACUCAAUUCUGUGACAGGGACCACUCUCACUGUGACGUCUGCCACUACUAUGACGACUGUCGUAAGUCCAAGUGAAAGCCUUGGUACAUCAUCCAAUACUUCUUUAGGGCCGGACAAGACUGUCACUUUGACUUCUGGGACAGUUGUGACGUAUAAUGCCACAAAAAGUCAGACUUCGAGCUCGCUGAUUAGUCAUGGUGGCGAGGAUACCGUGACUGUCACAUCUGUCAACACCGCCACGGACACGAUUUCUCCCAUUGUCACCAACACGUACUCGUUGAGUAUCUCCUCAUUUACCAAUAAAUCAAGCUCUACUACAACAGUUGUAGCAACAAGCUUGGUAAUCAAGACUAUCUCUUCCUCAGCAGAAUCAGUUUGCGACGGGACCUACCCGACCUCACCUCUUACGUCGACCAACACAACUCUGACGACGGUACCCAGAACUACCGGGAUUUCCACAACCGUCACAACAACUGCUUCCACCAGCUUAAGCUCUGCAGGUUAUUCGAACACAGUUUCUCCUAUCCUACCAACUGGUGGAAACGUCACAGCAACGUCCAAUUGGGAUUCAGAUUUCCCCACUUCUACAUCUAUAGGAACUGCCACUGCAUCUACUGCUACAACACUCACCUCAACUAGCACAGCGACACUCACGUCGAGUUCCGCACCGAUUUGCACAAGCUCGUCAGGACAGGAUGUUGGUUUCAUCAAUGGCGAUUUCGAAGAUAGUCUACCGCCGUGGAGAUUCGAGGCAGCGGACCCUUUCGCCUCGCGAUAUGACAGAGUGAAUGAUGGCGCCGAAGGGUCCUGCACCUCUUGGCAAGUAUCACUAAACAGGACGCAAAAUAAUGAUAACGACAGAGUCGGAUUUAAACUCAUCAGUCCCAUCUACAGCGUUCAGCCGGGGACAACAUACUCCCUCGAAUGCUGGGUCAAGUUUGAAUACCCCAAUCAUUCCAGCAUGGUUUUCGAGAUGAAUGACCAGGACACCAACGUCAUGACGGCUAUUGCCUGGCGACAGGGCACAUCUUGGUCGAACAUCCACACAGCAUACACCCCUAGUGCUGACUGGAUCCAGCUGACCCUCGCAUACUAUCUCGGUGGCUCACGAUCCAACACCUUCUGGGUCGAUCGCAUUCGGUUGAGUCCAGUGCCUCCCGUUUCGACGACAAGCAUCAGGACCGCUGUAUCCACCGCUACAGAGACGCUACCACCCGCAUCAACUGUGUUCACAUUAACGGUCCUGGAGUCCACGCCAGCGCCGCUCUCUACCACUGAUACGACUACCGUUGGUAUAAAUUCGACGACUGAAGUGACUGUCAUUCCAACUGUCCAGAUCUAGCGGCUGGAACGUCUGGGAGCCGCACGUUGCAAAGAAUCGUGGAAGAUUAGACUGUUGUGGUUCGAACCUCUGGGUGCGACCAUUAUAUCGAGGAGGAAUUUUGGGCUUUUGUCUAUUUCCUGGAAUAGAUGUUUUGUUCCUUUCGUCAUACACUUGCAAAACUGCCAGCAUUUGUAAAGUACAUUCUGAUGUUGC